UAUUUUUGCAUCUCAAAAAGAAUUCAUAAUUGGUGACAUAAAAUUGAAUUCUUUUUGAAUCUCUGUGCUAUCUGGGUACCUUCCACCUGUAUUUGUAUCAAGUUUUCUGUAUACUUUUGGACUUUAAUAAUUUAGAAAAGUGAUUAAGGAAUAUACAUUCUUACAUUUUACUACUAAGUCAGAACCAAACGAUUUAAUUGAUAUAUUAGUAUCAGAUAUUCUAUUUUAAUAAUAUAUUUUGACAGUGAAUUUUGAUUUACAUAAAAUUUAAAUAAGCUACAAGUAUAAAUAUUACAUUUAAGUUAAAUUAAAGUUUAUUUCUGUGAUUUUAGAAAUAAACUUUAAUGUAUUACAUUAAUACACAUUAUUACAUCAAUCACACAUAAGAUUCAGUUGAUAAAACACAUUAAAAAUUUUUUUAUUAUGUUACAAUUAUCACAUGUAUUCAACAAAAUUUUGUUUCAUAUAAUUAGAAGAACUAAUAUAAAUCAAGAGAUUACUGAUGUAAAUCGAGAUAAAUCAACUGCAUUUAUGAAACUUUAAAACUGUAAUUCGGUAUCUACAACGAUAAAUUUAUUCCCCGCAGCAGCAUUUCCGCCAUGUGUUUUUAAAAUUACGAAAACGCAAGACUGCAAGAAUUCAUGCGUUGCAUUCGCACUUUGAUAAUAUUUGACUCAGCAAUGUAUGUCCGAUUGAAAGCCUAAAGCUCUUAUUGAAUUUUACAGUAAAAGAUUUUAUAACGGAUCAAAUACGAAGUCGAUGUGGUGUAAAGCUUGAAGUACAAAUAUUUCAAAACAUUGAGAAUAAGAGAAGUAUUAUUUAUUCCCCAUAAUGAAGAUCUACGUUUAUUUUUUCAUCUGUUUGAUUAUGAUUGCAAUCGUUUUUGCAUAUUUCAUCGAAGAUGAGAUCGAAGAUUCUAAAGAAUACCAUCGCCAAACUAAAUCCGCCUGUAACUAUAUCUGCACUAUUCACUGUGUCGAGAGAGGAUAUAUACCGGGAUAUUGUAAUUCCAUUAACGUUUGCUUAUGCCGCAUAGAUAAUAAAUACAUGGCGGUAGCUGCCUUGAAGUUUCAUCAAAAAAAUCCAUAGUUUUGCUUUACAUACAUCCUGGAUCUCUGUUAAACGUCUUCGUGGAUGUGUUAGACGUGUAUAAAUAAUAGAGAACAAAGCCUCGAUGGGCAUGUAAUCAACGCUACAUGGAUCGUUAAUAGAAGGUUUAUAAAGUCUCGAUAGACGUUUAAUCAACGUUACAAGAAUUUGUAAUAGUUCAUAUCAAAUGUAAUAACAGGUGUCAUCGAAAGUUUUAUUAUAUAAUGUCUGUUUUGAAUUUCUAAAAUUUCCAAAAUUAUAUCAUAAAAGACAUAAAAAACGAAGUCAUAAUGAUAGUUCCAAGUCACGACUGAUGAAGAAAUAAUAUAAUAUAUUUAUGACAACGAAAUAACGACAUAAUUAUAAUAGUACUCGACAAAAAAAUUCAGUGUUUCUAAGCAAUCAUUUAUCCAAGUAAUAACCAAAUAGCAACAAGUUAUUUAAAAAUUAUUGUAUGUGUGUAUGUAUGUAUGUAUGUAUGUAUGUAUGUAUUCGUACUUAAUGUUAAUGUUCUGUAUUCGUACAAUAUAAGCAUGUGUAUUAGCUGUUUUAAAUUUUUCAAAAAUAAAUUU